UUUCAGCCGCGUCGCCCCGUCGUUUCUCCGGGCAGCGCCCCGCGGCCAGCUGUAACGGAGACACCGCGCGCGCUUUACUCCGUUCGCGCGAGCUGGCGGCCGAUCUCUCGGCUAAUCGGCCGCAGCGGUGCCGCCGAUAAAGCAGGCUCGCGCCGACGGCUCCGGCGGCAGACGCGUUCUGCUCGAACGCGCCAUAGCACACGGCAGCUGGUCGGAGCCAUGGCCGCCUGCGAGAAGGUGCACGAUCUCAACAUCACGGCGCUGCAGUGCGCUUUCGUUCGGGACACUGCCGACUGCCAUGUGGACGAGUCGUGGCUCGAGUACACCACCUUCGCCUACUGCGGUCCGUUCGCGCCCUACCUUCCGAUCGGCGCCGAGGUGCUCGGUAUCGCUCUGCUUUUCCUCGUGCUGGGCAUGACUGCCGACGACUUCCUGUGCCCAGCGCUCGUGGUUGUGUCGCGCACACUACACCUCUCGGAGAGCGUGGCCGGCGUCACGCUGCUCGCCUUCGGCAACGGCGCGCCCGACAUCAUCUCCUCGCUCGCCGGCAUCGAGCAAUCGCGGCCCGCGCUCGUCAUCGGCGAGUUGCUCGGCGCUGGCACGUUCGUCACCGCCGUGGUGGCCGGCACCGUGUUCUUGCUGUGCCGCUUUGAGCUGGAACCGGACUCGUUUCUGCGCGACACAGUCUUCUACUUGGCCGCAUCGUUUUGGACCUUCUACCUCUUCCACGCCGGUGGCGUGACGCUGGGUCAUGCCGUCGGCUACCUUGGCCUGUACUGCGUCUACAUUGUAGUCGUGCUUGCCGGCCAUUUCUGGAAGCAGGCGCAGCCAGAGGAGCUUCGCGCACUUCCGGACAGCCCCGUCAAGGUGGUGGUGGACGUGCCCGCGGAGCCUCCGGUCCGUAGUCACCUUCUCAUGCCGCCGGCGUCGCCCGACUGGGCACAGGAACGGAGGUCCUCAGUCAGUAGCGUGGCGAGCAACAGCAGCGCCGGCGGUGCACGGCGACGGCGAAAUUCCACGGGCAGCCUCCACCGGCACCACGAGCACGCCAUCGCGGCCUUCAUGCAGGCCUCGCACGAGGCAUCGAUCGAGCGCCGCAUUUCCCAAUGCUCGCAACCGCCACUCGAGCCCGUCGUGGUGAGCGAGAAGACGCCGCUCCUGGGCGCCACACGGACCUCCGUAGUCGUCCAGGACUCGGGACCUUGGGCUGAGUUCCUGUCCCAGCUGGUGCCUUGGGACCCUGAGGAGUGGGCCGAACGCAGUGUCGCUGGAAAGAUAUAUGACGUUGUCACGUUUCCCGUGCGGUUCGUUCUCCUGCUGACAGUGCCUGUUGUGGACUACGAGAACGCCAAGAACAACUGGUGUCGUCCGCUCAAUGCUUUACACUGCGUGACUGCGCCUUUCUUCGUGGUAGUCGUUCUCGGCCGCGCCGAUGACUACGUCGCCGACAAACUUCCUUCCUGGGUGCUGGCCCUCCUCAUUGGCGGUAUCGCUGCUCUGCUUGUGUGGUUCAGCUCUAGCUUCGAGAGCGCGCCGCGCUACCAUUUUGCCUUUGGCUACGCUGGUUUUAUACUGUCUGUGCUGUGGAUCUACGGUGUGGCCAACGAACUGCUGGACCUCUUGCGCACCUUGGGCCUGGUGGCGGGCGUCAGCGACGCCAUCUUGGGCCUUACUGUGCUCGCGUGGGGCAACAGUCUCGGAGACUUUGUGACCAACGUGGCCGUGGCGCGUCAGGGAUAUCCGAGCAUGGCGAUGGCUGCGUGCUUCGGCGGGCCGCUUCUCAACCUGCUCCUGGGCGUCGGUCUUCCGUAUACGGUCAAACUGGCGCCAGUGGGUUUCGGCGCCCGGCUUCCGUUAGAGCUAACGCCACUCGUGGCAACCCUGUACGGAGGCCUUGUUGGUUCGCUGUUGCUGUCGCUGUACGCCACGCUGUUCUGCCGGUACCAGUCGAGUCGCGCUCAUGGAGUUUCCUUGCUCGCCCUGUACGCGCUCUUCUUGGCAGCUGCAUUGACCGUGGAGACCACGUACGCUUAGCCCGUCGUUGGAUCUCGAUGGACGUGAUGCGAGCGCCUUAUGAAAACUUUGGCUCACGCCUAUACAGCCAGUCUUUUCCCGCGUAGGACGCUGCUCUUCUUGAGAAGCAAAACACAGAAGCUGCUUUCAAGGCUGGCGCACUGCAACUUGAUAUCCUGCGUUUUAUGACGAAGAAAUGCCAUCUCUGGUCUUAGUCGACGAGGCAACAUGCGGCUGCGCUCGUUGUCCAUAAACUGCAAUAAAACGGGGCUCUAGCUCUGUUUUAGACUACGCCCGAGACAGCGCCGUGCUCUGAGUGAUGUGAACCAGCAAUAGGGUGCGCUGCGAUUCGGCUACGCAAUUAUAGUUGCGUACUUUGCAGAGCGCCGUGGUUGGGCGGCCCUUGAAACCCUUUACCGCCCCACUUUCCGACAGACCUGGAAGAAGAUUGUCCGAGACAGCCUAAUUUUUCGUGCCUUAUGAGCUCCUUAUGAGUGCCGACUCGUAUGCCGAUGUCGUAUUUUCAGCGAGUCAUCGUGACUCCUGUUUCCAAUCUUGUACUAACUUGGCUACCACGGCAGUUUCAUUUGGAGAACAAAUGGACGUGCAUACAUAUCGGCUUUCUUUUUCGUUUCUUUUUUUUUUCACAUUGAAUGUUCGAUAUGUCGAGUUCACCUAAAUAGCGUUAUUCAUUGUAGAAAAUGUUUUCCUCGUUUCGCUGAACGUCAUUCCUUGUGUGCCUGAUAAGACCCCGCUGUGUUUUGUCCGUGGCAAAAUUAGCUUCGGUGGAUUUUGCGGUGUUAAAUACUGAUGCAUUGUUCGCUUGGUGAUUCGAACCUGUUAGAAUCACUGACCAUUGGAAACGAGUAAAAUCAUUAAUACGUUGAGAUUUGCUUCCCGAAGCUCCACCAUGACCUGCUUUGUAUGUGAACUUUUGUACUUGCUUAGAUCUUGUCACCGACCUGGUCGACUUCCAUAUUGAUUAAGGUGCAGCCGCUCAAUCGCGCCAUUCGAGUCCGUACGUGUCCUUCGCAUAGUCUGGAUUUCUGUAGUGCAUUUACUGUGAUACUUCAGAACCACGUGUUAGUCUUUAAAUAUCUCCUUUAUUGUACCUCCAACGCAGUUGACGUAACGAUAUUAGUUCGUUUUACGCGGUUUUCACGCUGACAUUAAACGCGGCCUCUUAGGCCCCGCAGAAACCUGUUGUCGGGAGCUGCAGCGAAUCGGAGCUGGCGGGUGCGUGCCUGUUUUGUAGCCUAGAGCGUCAGCGUCAGUUCUCGCACAUUAUACGUGGUGACCAUUUUGAAGUUUUCCGGAAUUUUUAAAAAUCACCUGUUGCAGAUAAUUCUAGUCCUUGAGCUGGAUUAUUCAGAAAGGCGGACAUUACUUGCACGAGAAAUCGAAACGCUUGUUCAACUAAAUAAAGAAAUUUACUAAUUAACUUCUUGAAUAAUGACUUUAUGGCACGUUGUAAUUUCCUCAUUGUAGCCUGUGUGUUUGCAAGGCGCACCAGUUUGGAGAUACGCGCCAUCAGAUUUUACGCAAAAAUGCACUGUUGUUCCAAUUACUUCUUAACAAAACGCUAUUUUAUGCAUUGAAGCACAAAAUUAACGGGAACGCCAAUGUAUUUCGUUCCACACUUAGGGAAAUAUCUCGAAAUUGGUGUCAUCCUGGAAAUUAACUUCAAGGGAAUACGUCUUGCGAGCUCACCGGCUACAAUUCGUAAAUUGCAAUAUGUGUAAUUAAGGACUUAAUUAGUUGAAUAUAUGUUUACAUUUCUCGUGCUAGUAAUGUCCGCCUCUUCGAAUAAUCCAGCUCAAGGACAAUAAUUAUGCUAUCUGCCACAGGUGAUUUUUCAAAAUGAUCGCUCUGUAUAAUGGGGACGAGUGUUUAAAGCAAUAGACGUAAAAAAAAAUAAUAGUCCUAAUGGAUAUGUACAAUGCGCGACCUACACCGUGCACGUCUCAAUUGUUUUCCCGCCUGCACAAGUUUCGAAAUUCUUUUUUUAUUUACUCUCGAGCUUUCAGUAGUUCACACCGUUUGUAUAAUGACACACCCUAGCUGAACCACGGAGUUUGUAAUCGAAAUUGAGUUUCGUUGCUCAGCAAACUACCAAAUGUGUUGCGCUUUCAGACUAUCGCACUUUACUAUUCGUAAGCUGCUGCUGUGAAAUGCGCAAGAUCUCGAGCGCUUCAUUCAGGCACCAAUGGCACAUUGUGUCUGAUUUGAAUGCAGAUUCAUCUCAAACGCAACGCCUUUUGUGUGUAGCCUGCGCUCAAUUUGGGCGCACUAAUGUUAUUGCUGUCUGAAUGAAACAAUACUGCACUUAGACGCUGUGAACCUGUUUCUCUCCCGCUGGGCCUCUAUGCUAAGACAACCUUUGACCUCGUAUUGCUUUUCUGCAAGUCGCGGAACCUCGUCACCUCUAGGUCUACCGCCAUCGGAGAGUUCCGGCGGGUGCAGAGGCGGCCUGGUUUUCUUGUGACGAGCACCCCCUGCCGUGGAUGCGCCCCUGUCGGAGAGCCUACAGUCGCGUUCAGAUGGUGUUGCGCGUACGUGACAUUGAGGUUAGCCACGUGUGCACAAUGCUCCCUGUGCACAGUUCAGUCUAGCCCGGCCGGGGCAUUGUGCGGGCGAUUGCGACCUCCUGCGAGUUUCCUCCGCCCCUCUUCUUGUUCUCGGCGCGCACGCCUAAUCAGCGAGGGCAAGGUUCAGUGCUUCGUGCGCUGCGUAGAAGACGCGGAAGCCGCCCGCCAGUCUGUUCCGCCCGCGCGCUUCGAUCACCUAUCGGGGGGCGCGCGCGUAUGGCUGUUGUCAACAGUCUGCCAUCGGCGGCUGUACUGUCGCGCGCUUCGUUCUGCCGGGACUCAUCGUGGCCAAGUUGAGAUGUUGCGCGGGCUCGCGUGCCGCUACAACACUCAACACGAUCUCGUUUGACUUUAUUGUGGCGUGUUUCUGCUUCUCGCUCCAUAGCUAUGCCGUUCAUUGCGGCUUGCCCGUUUGUAUACUAGGCCGGUACAUAAUGUAAGGAUUCCUUUCGUUCGAUGCUAUCCCUAUCUUAUCGUCCACCGUUCACGGCCAGCCGGUCCCGGUGAAAACGUGGGUGAAGCGCCGCUCGGACGACUGGCGAAGGGCGAAAAGAAAUAGCAUUGGAAUAGAAUCGUUACAUAUUAUGCCGGCCCCAGCAUGCUUAAAGUGUACCCGAGUGUGACGCACCGUCAUUCUCUGCCGUUUGCGUUUAUGUUGAUGCCCUGUCUCGGUGUACAGAAGCCUGUGAUAAAGUUUACCUCCUCUGGC